CGCGUCUCCUUCCAGCGGCGAGCGGGGCACGGCCCCGGGCGGCACCGGCCUGCGGUACCGGCCUGGCUCCGCGCCGUUCCUCGGCCGCCUGAGGCAGCUCCGGUGCGCGGGCUGAGCGCAGCGCCGGGUGAGCGGGGCACAGCCCGCCGGGGACCAGCGGGGCCCGCCGCGACACGGCUCCGGUGGAGGGGGCACGGGGGCUCUCGUAGUGUCACCGGGACUCCGGGAGUCACCGAUGCCUCACCGGUGUCACGGGGGCCCCGGGGGUGUCACCGGUCCCUCACCGGUGUCACCGGGGCCCCGGGGGUGUCACCCGUCCCUCACCGGUGUCACGGGGGCCCCGGGGGUGUCACCCGUCCCUCACCGGUGUCACGGGGGCCCCGGGGGUGUCCCCGGCCCCUCGCGGGUGCCCCGGUUCACCCGAGCCCGCGGCGGCAGCGCCCCCACGCGGCAGCGGGUGAGCACCGCGGGCGUCAGGCCCCGCCCCCGGCGGCGGCGGAAGUGACGCAGCGCUAUGGCGGAGGCGCCGGGCGCACCGGAGGAGUGCCCCGGGACCGGCAGCGCCCAGGCGGGCAGGGCGGCCGCCUGCCAGGGAUGCCCCAACCAGGGGCUGUGCGCGGCCGGCACGGCCGGGCCGGACCCGGCGGAGGCGGCGGAGCUGCGGGCGCGGCUGCGCGCGGUGCGGCACACGGUGCUGGUGCUCUCCGGGAAGGGCGGCGUGGGCAAGAGCACCUUCAGCGCCCUCCUGGCGCACGGGCUGGCGGCGGACGAGACCAAGCAGGUUGCUCUGCUGGACAUAGAUAUCUGUGGGCCAUCGAUUCCUAAAAUUAUGGGUCUAGAAGGAGAACAGGUUCAUCAGAGUGGAUCUGGAUGGUCUCCAGUGUAUGUUGAAGAAAACUUAGGUGUCAUGUCAGUGGGGUUCUUGCUUAGUAGUCCUGAUGAUGCUGUCAUCUGGAGAGGACCAAAAAAGAAUGGGCUGAUCAAGCAGUUUCUGCGUGAUGUGGACUGGGGUGAAGUGGAUUACCUGAUCGUGGACACGCCCCCAGGAACAUCAGAUGAGCACCUGUCCAUCGUGCAGUACCUCAGUGCCACCCACAUCGACGGCGCUGUCAUCGUCACCACCCCCCAGGAAGUGUCACUUCAGGAUGUUCGGAAGGAGAUCAACUUCUGCCACAAAGUGAAGCUGCCCAUCAUAGGUGUUGUGGAGAACAUGAGUGGCUUUGUGUGUCCCAAGUGUAAGAAUGAAUCUCAGAUCUUUCCCCCAACUACUGGUGGUGCAGAGAAGAUGUGCCAGAACUUGAGUGUUUCUCUCCUGGGUAAAGUGCCUCUGGAUCCACAGAUAGGAAAAAGUUGUGACAGAGGCCAGUCUUUCUUGGCUGAAGCACCCGAGUCUCCAGCUACGUUGUCUUACAGGAAUAUCAUUCAAAGAAUUCAGGAAUACUGUGAACAACACCAUUUGCAAGAAGAAAAGAUAAUGUAAUCUGCAUAAUUCUAGAAGAGCUUUAUCUAAAUAUCUUCCCAUGAAGAACAACUUUUAUGAAUUACUUUUUUUACUGCUCAUCCUUUAGCUCUUCCUUGUUUGGUUACCUAGUGCGUGUCUUCCCGUGUUCUUCAGUGCCAUCUUCUGAAAUUCUCCUGCUCUGUCCUGUUGAGGGAACAGAGCACACAUGGCUAUAAGCAUAACCUGGGACACAGGGAUCUCUUACAAAAGCAGGGAGCUGCCACCUGGAAGCCUGAAGGUUGAAGAUGACUCUUCCAGCUCUGCUUAAACAGAGGCAUUAGAAUUAUAGCAACUCCAAGGAUUUAACUUAAGGACAUUCUUCUGGAACUUGGAAGCAACUCAGUUGUGAAGCUCGUAGGCUUCCAAACGUGGAGCAAAGUGACUUGGGGUUGUGGCUCUUCCAUGUGACACUGCCAGAGAGGCUUGGUGGAGAGUCAGGAUUAUCCUGGACUCCCUGCAGGAACUGAGACCCAGGAAAAGCCAGCAGUAGCCCUGAGAGGCACGCUGGCUCUUCUACCCCAUGGGCUGAAGCUCAGU